AUGGUCAAACAUUCUAACUUGGCCUAUAAGGAACUUUUGGGUGAAAAAAUGACGGAAUAUUUGAUGCACUCUAGGACAUUUGGAAGGGAUAUUCAGAGUAUGCAAGCACAAGGUAAAGGUGUUAUCGAUAAUUUGAUCACAUACAACACUGUGACAUUACGUAAAUUAUCUAAUGUGGAAAAUGGAAAGACAAGCAGACAAGAAUUACGUUUAAUAUAUGAAGCAUCCAUGGGAUUAAUUGGUAAAUUCAAAAAAAAAAAAAAAUAG